AUGUGCCCACUAGUGACACCCUCUUCUCUUGCAGAGACACACGUGGUCUGGCACCCGGCCUGAAGCUGACAGCAUGGAGCCCCUCUCUCUGGCUUCCACCCCUAGCUGGAAUGCCUCAGCUGCUUCCAGCGGUAACCAUAACUGGUCACUGGUGGUCCCAGUAUCACCAAUGGGAGCCCGGGCAGUACUAGUGCCUGUGCUCUACUUGUUAGUAUGCACCGUGGGACUGGGUGGAAACACGCUGGUCAUCUAUGUGGUACUGCGGUACGCCAAGAUGAAGACAGUUACUAAUGUGUACAUCCUGAACCUGGCCGUGGCUGAUGUCUUGUUUAUGUUGGGGCUUCCUUUCCUGGCUACGCAGAAUGCAGUCUCCUACUGGCCCUUUGGCUCUUUCCUGUGCCGCCUGGUCAUGACGCUGGACGGCAUCAACCAGUUCACCAGUAUCUUCUGCCUGAUGGUCAUGAGCGUUGACCGCUACCUGGCCGUGGUCCACCCUCUCCGCUCAGCCCGGUGGCGUCGCCCACGGGUAGCCAAACUGGCCAGUGCUGCCGUCUGGGUCUUCUCACUGCUCAUGUCGCUACCGCUCUUGGUCUUCGCGGAUGUCCAGGAGGGCUGGGGCACCUGCAACCUGAGCUGGCCGGAGCCUGUGGGACUGUGGGGUGCAGCCUUCAUCACGUACACCUCCGUGCUGGGCUUCUUUGGACCCCUUCUGGUCAUCUGCUUGUGCUACCUGCUCAUCGUCGUGAAGGUGAAGGCUGCGGGCAUGCGCGUAGGCUCCUCGCGGCGGAGGCGCUCAGAACGCAAGGUGACUCGCAUGGUGGUGGUAGUGGUGCUGGUGUUCGUGGGCUGCUGGCUGCCUUUCUUCAUUGUCAACAUCGUCAACCUGGCCUUCACGCUGCCUGAGGAACCCAUCUCUGCUGGCCUCUAUUUCUUUGUGGUGGUCCUGUCUUAUGCCAAUAGCUGUGCCAACCCCCUGCUCUACGGCUUUCUCUCUGAUAACUUCCGCCAGAGCUUCCGGAAGGUUCUGUGCCUACGUAGAGGGUACGGUAUGGAGGAUGCAGACGCCAUAGAGCCACGGCCAGACAAGAGUGGGCGGCCACAGGCCACACUGCCCACGCGCAGCUGUGAGGCCAACGGGCUCAUGCAGACCAGCAGGCUUUGA